GUUUGGUGCUAGUGUGACCAGCGACUGCAGGCAAGUGACCAGCGACCGGCUAGUACUAACCGGGAUGACACAUGUGUCAGCGACGUCACGUCUGCCACGCCGGUCACCUAUCCAAUGGCACGGGUACUAAAUAUUUUUACACCUCGACAUUUCAAUUGGACUGUCGUGACGGUGUCGUCCCUUAACCGUCAGCCAAAAUGCAGUGAUAAUCAAAGCUCACUGCGGCCACGGGCCCACGCUUGAUUACCGGUAACCGCAGACAGCAUUUAUGCUGAUUAUGGGAACUCGGGUAACUUGAACUUCUUGCCAGCGGGCUUACACUGCCGCUAUCGAUAUAUAGUCUGUUAUCGUUUGGUUAUCCGAGUUAACGUUCAGCAUCACAGACCACUACAGCACGUCAUGGAUCUUGGAUUGCAAGGAGUGCACGUCAUUGUAACAGGGGCAAGUGGUGCCAUUGGGCUAGAGACAGUGAAAUUGUUUUGUGCAUUGGGCGCGAAUGUGACCGCACAUUAUAACUCCAAAUUUGGUCCGAUCCAGGAGCUUCUGGCAUCGAACACCAAUCUUCAACAUGUCCAAGCGAAUUUGUCUCAAGAGGAGGACGUGGUGGGUAUGUUCGAGUCGUUAGCUGUUAUGCCUCAUGGCCCCGUACAAGUGGUGAUCGUCAACCACGCUAUAUAUCCAUUUUCGGAGACUCCAAUCGCAAGGAUGACGCUGGACCGAUGGAACACCACCAUAACUGCGAACUUGACAUCGUCAUUCCUGGUGUGCAGAGAGUAUUUGAAGCACCUUGAACGUGCACCCUCUACUAUCAAGGAAAAGGCGGCGAUUGUGCUUAUCGGAAGUACUUCUGGGAAGUUUGGCGAACCUAAUCAUGGGGACUACGCUGUGACGAAGAGCGCAAUGAUGUACGGUUUGAACCUCACUCUCAAGAACGAAAUCGUGAAGAUAGCCCCCAAAGGCAGAGUCAACUGUAUUGCACCUGGCUGUGUCAAGACACCCAAGACUGAAGAAGCCUUGAAGAAUUUUCAAAUAGCGUAUCGUAUUUUGGCUACGACUCCACUUAAGAAGGUGGCCAUGCCGAUCGACGUCGCAACGCAGAUUGUGGUCCUUGCAUCAUCCACUCUCUCUGGUCAUGUCACUGGGCAAGUAGUGAUGGUUGAAGGUGGAAUGGAGGGAAUGUUGCUAAAUGGACCAGAGGAUUUGCAGGGAUCUUAAGCCAGGUUUUUUUCGUGAAUGCCUUGUCUUAUGUAUAGGAGACAAUGAAAUACUUGAAUUCUGGUUCCUAUCACUAACUUGUAAUAGUCUCGACGUGAUUCAUGGG